ACAGCUAUGUCCUUCCCUUCACAGAGUGAUCGUCUCCUUAUUAAGGGAGGGAGAAUAGUCAACGAUGACCAGUCAUUCUAUGCUGACAUUUACAUGGAGGAUGGCCUCAUAAAGCAGAUUGGAGACAAUCUGAUUGUCCCUGGAGGGGUCAAAACCAUAGAAGCCAAUGGGAAGAUGGUGAUCCCGGGAGGAAUCGAUGUCCACACUCGCCUGCAGAUGCCGUACAAGGGGAUGACAGCUGUGGAUGAUUUCUUCCAAGGAACGAAAGCAGCCCUGGCCGGCGGAACCACCAUGAUCAUGGACCAUGUGGUGCCGGAGCCUGAGUGCGGGCUGGUGGAGGCGCUGGAGCGGUGGCGGGAGUGGGCAGACGGGAAGGCCUGCUGUGACUACGCGCUGCACGUGGACAUCCCACGCUGGAGUGACCGCGUGCGCCAGGAGCUGCACACCAUGGUCCAGGAGAAAGGAGUUAACUCCUUCAUGGUGUACAUGGCCUACAAGGAUCUGUACCAGAUGUCGAACACUGAGCUGUAUGAGAUCUUCAGCUGCCUGGCGGAGCUGGGUGCCAUAGCUCAAGUUCAUGCUGAAAACGGUGAUAUAAUUGCACAGGAGCAAAGCAGGAUGUUGGAGAUGGGAAUAACCGGCCCGGAGGGCCACGUGCUGAGCAGACCUGAGGAGCUGGAAGCAGAAGCUGUCUUCCGGGCCAUCACCAUCGCCAGCCAGACCAACUGUCCUCUCUACGUGACUAAAGUGAUGAGCAAAAGUGCUGCUGACCUCAUCUCACAAGCCAGAAAAAAGGGCAACGUGGUAUUCGGUGAGCCCAUCACGGCCAGUCUGGGGACCGACGGGACGCACUACUGGAGCAAGAACUGGGCCAAGGCUGCAGCUUUUGUGGUCUCUCCACCACUGAGUCCAGACCCAACAACUCCUGACUACAUCAACUCCCUCCUGGCCAGUGGUGACCUGCAGGUUUCGGGAAGUGCCCACUGCACGUUCAGCACUGCACAGAAAGCGAUUGGGAAGGACAACUUCACAGCCAUCCCAGAAGGGACCAACGGCAUAGAGGAGCGGAUGUCUGUCAUCUGGGACAAGGCCGUGGCCACAGGGAAGAUGGAUGAAAACCAGUUUGUGGCUGUGACAAGCACUAAUGCUGCAAAAAUCUUCAACCUGUACCCACGGAAGGGGAGAAUAGCAGUGGGCUCGGACAGUGACCUGGUUAUAUGGGAUCCCGAUGCCGUGAAGAUCGUCACAGCAAAAACCCAUCAGUCUGUGGCCGAGUACAACAUCUUUGAAGGGAUGGAGCUGCGUGGGGCCCCACUGGUUGUCAUAUGCCAGGGGAAGAUCAUGCUGGAGGAUGGCAACCUGCACGUGACCCAGGGGACGGGACGCUUCCUGCCCAGCAGCCCUUUCCCUGACUACGUCUACAAGCGCAUCAAAGCCCGGAGGAAGAUGGCCGAGAUGCACGCCGUGCCCCGGGGCAUGUACGACGGACCCGUGUUCGACCUGACCACCACCCCCAAGGGGGGGACACCCGCGGGGUCAACCAGGGGGUCCCCCACGCGGCAGACACCCCCCGUCAGGAACCUCCAUCAGUCUGGAUUCAGCCUGUCAGGCACCCAGGUGGAUGAAGGUGUUCGCUCCGCAAGCAAGCGCAUCGUCGCGCCCCCGGGAGGCCGCUCCAACAUAACCUCCCUGAGCUAAACGUCCUGCCGAGGAGGACACAAAAUCCCUGUUCAAGCGAAGGAAGAAAAAUGGUAUAUUGGUGUUUAAGAAGGAAAAGCAAAUAAACCUGUUCUGAAGAAUCGAUAAGCCUCAAGCCUUAUGUUUCACAAAUGCUACUUGCUACCUAGCUUUAAAGAUAUUGCUUCAUUUUGUUUUCUGCAUAGCCUUAACUUCUGUUGUUGUCGUCGUGGGUUCGGUUGGGUUGUGUUCUCCCUCCUCUCUCUGUGUGCAUGCUGCUCAGACAGGUCGCUCGGGUCGGUGUGUCAGUCGUGUUGGACGCGUGGGGAUGUCGUGGUGCAGGGCAGCGGGAACCACGCGGCCGGGGGCUGGUGGGGGCAGGCGGGUCCGUGUCCUGUUCACGUCCUUCGUCCCCACCCAGCGCUCGUUGGCGUUUCACCACGAGCCCGCGGGGGAGCCCGAAUCAUCUCUGUAAUGGCCGUCACAGCACCUCGCGCAAGGAGUUUUACUACUUUGUACACUUUAUUAAAAAAAAAAAGUUGUUCCUUCAAAC